CAUCGCCCUCGACUUUUGCACCUUUCGCCUCUCAAUUACAAACACUCAACAACAAUUGACCAGGCCGACAAUUCCGCAGAAUCGCGAUAAAAGCUUCAUCUCAAUCGACUGCUAAUCUCGUCAUCGGUACUACUUUCGCAGCCACUGCAAAUCAAAGCAUCGCGACACAACAAACGCGACGACAAAUUUCGUCCAACCACACACCAACCCUCACUCUCUCACCGACCUACCUCCCCCAACCCAUCCAAAAUGGCCAACUUCCUAGCCUCAAUCUUCGGCACAGAGCAAGACAAAGUCAACUGCUCCUUCUACUACAAAAUCGGCGCGUGUCGCCACGGCGACCGGUGUUCUCGGAAACACGUGAAACCCUCGUACUCGCAGACGAUCCUGCUACCAAGCAUGUACCAGAACCCGGCGCACGACGCGCGCGCGCGCCUGACUCCCGAACAGUGCGCGAACCACUUCGACGCCUUCUACGAGGACCUGUGGUGCGAGCUGUGCAAGUACGGCGAGCUGGAGGAGCUUGUCGUCUGCGACAACACCAACGAUCACCUCGUCGGCAACGUCUACGCGCGGUUUAAGUACGAGGACGCCGCGCAGGCGGCCUGCGACGCGUUGAACUCUCGAUGGUACGCGGGUCGGCCGGUUUACUGUGAACUCUCCCCGGUAACGGAUUUCCGGGAGGCGUGUUGUAGGUUGAAUAGCGGGGAGGGCUGUGUCAGGGGUGGGUUUUGCAAUUUCAUCCAUCGCAAGAAUCCGACGCCCGAGUUGGAGCGCGAACUUACGCUUAGUACGAAGAAGUGGUUGAAGAUGCGUGGACGCGAUGAGAAGAGCGUUAGUCGUAGCCCGAGCCCUGAGCCUACGCGGAAGCGGUAUUAGGCGUAGGAUGCUGGAGGAGGGAUAGCUGGUUGAGGUUGAGAUAUUUGAGGCAAGGCUGGGGAUGAUCUCUGAACGGGGGAGUAAUGACUCUAGGAUCUUUCAGUUAUGUUGUGCCUCGGAUUACUGAUGUAGAGGUCGGAUAUGAAGGUGGAAGAAUAUCCCGAAUAAGGAAUCUCAACAGCAGUGGAUCAAAGUGAGAAAAGAUCAGAUACGGGAAGCAGUCGGGCUAGGAUCCGACAGAAUGAGGAUACCCCCAAUUUUUCGCCUGUCGAUUGUAUUGCUAGAAGGAAAGAACCAUGAUCCUACGGAAUGGAUUGACGAAUGAGCAACUUAUUUUCAUGCAAAAGGGGAGGCCUAGGUAAUGGCGUUAAUAGGAAUUCCAUCGACUUUUCAUAAGCUCAACUUAAGACAAUGACAAUUGACAUGUAGAAACACUUC